AUUUGGCCUUUGUUUCAAAGACUAAUAAAUCAAAGUGCCUCCCCUCUCUGUCUGUCCGUCUCAUGUACUCAGAUCCUGAGGGACGGGAAGGUGUCUCGGUAUGUUAGGUAGGCUUACACGGAAGUGAGAGCACAGCGCGUGUGACCGUGCUUAUCUGACGGGAGUCUCGGUGCGUCUCUUAUCGACGACAGCCGCAGAUCACAGCUGGUCUCCCUCAACAUGGCACCCAAAGACCCUCUGAUCGGCACUCUCAAAGUGUGUGUCCUCAACCUACAGGCAGAUGGGGAGAUGGUGACAGACACCAACCCUCACCUUGCCUCCUGCUGUGAGCUUCUGGAGCUGGUCCUCAGGAAGGGGCUCCAACAGCCAGUUCUCAGCCUGGUACACAGAGACUACUGGCAGUGUUUCGAACAGCUUCCCCACCAAGACGGCUGCGGCAGGCUGUCUGCUCUGUCCUUGGCAGUGGAGCAGACUAGAGUUUGCAGGAAGCUGCUCUCAGCUCAGGGCAGAGGCCGCUACCUGCUCAGACUGGCCCUCGGCCGCAAGGCCCUGCCACAGUUCAUCACACACCUGUUGCACACACCCAGAGUCCUGGAGUGGUACAGCCCUGCUUUAUCAAUUCUCAGGAAUGAGGAAUUUGUGGAGCCUUUCAUGUCGCUGCUGCUGGUCCUUUCUCACAUGGAGUUUAAACUGGACAUGGAGAAUUGUAGUUUUCUGGAUGAGAGCUGGCUCCUGCCGGUGUGUGAAAUAUACGAAGUAGUGCCCUGUCGAGAAGUCGGGAUGGUGUUGAGGUAUCUCAGGGGGCGUGUCUUCGUCCUGGACCUGAUGCCUGGUGGUCAGGCUUAUGUCGACAAGUUUAUCUGUUGUGGUGACAUUAUCGAUGAAAUCAACGGGACCUCGCUGAGGAAUUCCAAGUGUGGACAGGCAGGUGUGGUUCUGUCGCGGCUGAAGGGCUGCCCUCUGUCCAUCCGUGUCCUGCGAUGGAGGGCCCAUGAUGGAACCGUGUAUCGGCCCCUUAUCAAACUCCUGCGGGCCCUGAGGAUGGAAAACCCCACACUGCAGUUUGGUCUUGCUCCCUCCCUACAGUCAGUCCCCGGGGACCAGAGGCCUUCUCCAUCACAGUGUCUCAAGGAGGGAAGGAUUGUAUACAUUGUGCAGUUCUUGGGAAAAGCAAACAUUGGAAUGUUUGGAGGCAAGGAGGUGCUACAGCAUGCAAUUCCACAAGUGUUGCAGAAAAACCUGCCGAGCAAGGAUGUUCUCUUAGAUAUGAAGGAAACACAUUUGACAUGCACAGACAGAAACAGCAAACUGGAGCUGUUUGAGCAUCACUAUCCAGAGAUUUCAUGUGUAGGGAGAUACGGGCAGCCAGACUACACAAUAUUUGCGUUUUGUGUGGCAGACUCCCCAGAAACCCCUCAGUCAACAGGCUUCUGCUGUGUGGUACUCAGGGCCAGCAACAUCAAGGAGUGUGAAGAGAUCGUGUGCCGUAUAGCUGCUGGUUUCAAACAUACAGAGUGGUUUGUAUGAUCAACUGUCAAAUCCUGUUUUAUGUGUUGUAAAUAAAUAUAUGAAGACCUACAGUGUGAAAAACAUUUCAAUCAACUACAGUACACAGGACUUUCUACUCGUAAAGACCUUUAAUAGAAAGACAUGUGACAACAUCUUCAUAAAUAGUAUUAAAUGUAGCUGCCAAGGUUUAUGUUGGAAAACAUGUAAAAAGCAGUCCAGAAAAAUACAGAGGGGUCUGCCAUGCUCCUUGUCACAGAGUGUAGAGCAUCAACUGUUGUAGUCAACACCCCAACACUGCAGUGAGACCUGCUGAGCAAGACAUGCUGGCAUUCUGUUGUAAAUAGUAGAUGGGUGAAGAAACCCUGGACCCCCAUGGAAGGUGUGAAGAAUUCAUCCUUGCUCCAAAAGGUUGAUUGAUUAUUGUUAAUGUAGUAAUGAGCCAAGCUGGAAUAGGUAGGUAUUCCUACUGCACAAUAUUUCCAUCUACCCAAAGUGUACUCAGGCUUAUGGAAUGGUUGGAUGUAUUGUCUCAAUCUAAAAUACAAUACAAAAUUCAAAAAAAAGAAAACUUAUUUAAAAAAAAAAAAAAAAUACCCAAGAAAUAAAAGUGUCCACAAAAAUGGUUAAGUAUGAUAAAUAGGCUCAUUUCCUGCCACUUAGGCCCUCUCUCCCCUUAUCCUACGAGCCAGCUGGAUGUCUUUGGGCAUGAUGGUGACACGUUUGGCGUGGAUGGCGCACAAGUUGGUGUCCUCAAACAGACCCACCAGGUAAGCCUCACUGGCCUCCUAUAAAAAGGGAAAAUGGAUACAGACGUUAGGCAUACAGCAACUACUACACAUUGCCUAAAGGAUUCAUCAUACACAUGCACAAUCAUGUCUUAUUUACCUGAAGAGCUCCAAUGGCGGCACUCUGGAAGCGCAGAUCAGUCUUGAAGUCCUGGGCGAUUUCUCUCACCAGACGCUGGAAGGGCAGCUUGCGGAUGAGAAGCUCAGUGGACUUCUGGUAACGACGGAUCUCCCUCAGAGCCACAGUUCCUGGCCUAAACAACAGAAGUCAUUUUAGCGCCGCCAAGUAUUUGAAUAUGGUGACAGCAGUGGAUCACCCCCCUUAAAAAUUUGAACACUGGAAAUUAUGAAAUAUAAAUGCUACAAACCUGUAACGAUGAGGCUUCUUCACGCCCCCUGUGGAAGGUGCGCUCUUUCUGGCUGCCUUGGUAGCGAGCUGCUUCCUUGGCGCCUUUCCUCCGGUAGACUUACGGGCGGUCUGCUUGGUACGGGCCAUCUCGUUUUAGCUAAAAACAUAU